AGCGGGAAAACAGUGUUUCCAAAAGUUUUGAAAAUUUCUCUCUCCCGUUGCUUGCCAUUUCUAGGGUUUUCAACGAAUUUUAUCUUAAAAAUUCAGCGUCUUUCAUUGAAUAAUUUGGUAAAGUUGCAAUUUCAACGUCGUAGCUUGGAACUCGUUCGAACAGCCAUGAGGUUCGGGUCGUAGCUCCAGUCAUGGAAUGCCCGAAUUAUAGUUCUGGAAGAUGAACGUCGACGCACAAGAGCAACCCGGAAGCAGCUCGGACGCUAGCGGGAAGAUUCACACGUUGCAGCCACUUCGCGACCUCGAAUCCAAUUGGGCAGUCGAUCUUGCCAAAAACCUAGAAGCGUAUUUGCUGAAGAUUUGCUCCGGCGAAAUCUCCGGCCACGAUGGGGCUCACCAGAUUUCUGUGAACUUCUCUGAAGCUGCCUUGCUGCUUCAAGGGUCAGUACAGGUGUAUAGUAGGAAGGUGGAGUACUUAUAUUCUUUGGUACUACAUGCCUUGCAGUUCAUUUCUCAGAAGAGUGAGCAAGAUCAGCAAGCAAAUGCCUCAGCCCCAACAGAAGAUGGUGCUUCAGAUACUCCUAAUGAUCCCUUUUGGGGAUUAGAUGACAUUCCAGUGGAAGCUAAGAGCUUGUUAGAUAAUACAACCUCCAAAGAUGGGUUGCUGAAUUGCUUUGUUAAGGCCCCUGCAAAUCUAGUUGUGCUUGAGGGUGACUGCUUAGAUACAACUGGAGAUGCUGGGGAGCUAGAGUCUUAUUUGCUUGCCACCAGUAAUCUGUACCGGGAUUUCAUUUUAUUGGAUUCAUGUGAUGUUGUGGCAGUUGAUGAUUUUUUAAAUAAUAACAAAACUGGAAAAGGGUUGAACAGUAGCUGCAAAGUUCGCAAAACUGGACAACAUUCUGCAAGAUAUUCUGGAGGAGUUGGCAAACAAUCUUCAGCUCGGAAGGGCCAGGAUGCUAAUUUAAACCAGUCUCCUAGGCUUAAUAACAAUUUCAGUGCAAAUGACCAUAAUGUUGGUUAUUGUCCUUCUCCUUGUCAUACGCCUGAAAACAAUGAUGACAUGUACAAAAUGGGAGGUGGGUAUUCAGACCCAAGGGACUGCGACGAAUCAGAUGAUGAUGACCCAUGGAAACCCUUGAAUCCCCAUGAGCCUGGGAAUUUGAAAGUUAAACCUUACAGAAGAGUAAAACCUAAAAGAAGGCAAGGCAUGGGUUCCAGAAAACAUAUACCUAUUACAACAGAGUUUCCUCUUGCAAGACUGCAUGGUACCAUUAACUCGCACCUGUAUGAUGUAUGGGAGAAAUGUUGUGCCACCAAAAAGAUGGAUGAAUCCCAGUCUCUGCCACUGUAUGAGAAGCUGCGACAAUCUCUUUUCCAUGGAGAAAACAAUGAUCAUGAUGCCUUUGACAAUCAUGAAAACAAUGAGGACGAUGACUAUGAUAAUGGUAAUCAUGAUUUUGAGGCACCAGACUUUGACAUGCCAGAGACUGCUGAACAUAAUGAAGAUGAACAUUUGGGCAAAGAGAAGCAUGGCAAUGACAGCAUUCCUUUUGACCAUGAAGGUCAUGAAGAUCCAUAUACUCAUUCGACUCUUGAAGAUCUUUGCCGCUCCCAUUUGGACUCUCUUCUUGCAAACCUUGCUGAAACUGAGCACCAGACUGAAUUGGCUGCUAGGGUUUCAACGUGGAAGCAGAGGAUAGAGCACAACCUGAAUGAACAAGAAUCUCACCCACCCUUUGAUAUUCAUGAAUAUGGAGAGAAGGUUUUGAGUAAGUUAUCUUUGGAAGAAAACAGUGGGAAUGGUGUUUCGUUUUCGGAUAUUGUUGCUGGGCAAGAGAAGCAUGAUGUUGCUCGAACGUUCUCUGCACUUCUGCAACUAGUGAAUAAUGGAGAUGUGGACUUGCAAAGGGAUGGAUCCAGAGAGUCAAAUGGUUACACUGCUGUAAAUCCCUUUUAUAUCCGACGCCUUCGGCAUGAGGAUACGAGGAAUGGAGUCCCUCUUCAAGUACCAUCAAAAAAUAAAGCAAAAUCUCCCAUACCAAAAAAACAUCCUAGAGGGGAAAAGAAUAAGAGGGGUAAAGAGAACCACCCUGGAUGUUCAUCUCCUCCAGGAUCCAACUCAAGCUGUAGAUUCACUGUGAAGUUAGGAAAAGGUGGAAGUAGAUGCACUCCUGAUGGUAAGAAGAGAAGAAAGUCCAGACUGUUGGAACCAGUGAACUUGCAUACUGCAUUGUGAUAUGACUAUUAGCAGGUAUGCUACCUCUUCAUGUCAUCCUGGGUAUAUGUUUUGUUUGAAUGUUUUAUGCAGAAGAUUAGGCAUAUUAGAACUUCAUCAGCUGCCAAUAUGUAUUAUUUUCCUCUUAUUAACUGACUACUAGCUUAGUGGUUGUACCUAAUGAAACAGAAUUGUAAUGCUAGUCUAUGCUAAAUUAAUUGAUUUCUUAUCAACUUUCA